GUUCUAUCUGACGCCAUAGAACAUCAUUCUGGAACGGUCUCUUGUGCCGUAUUUUGUGGACAAUGCGUACUUUGUGUCACAGAUUCGUUUGUUUCUCCGUCGGGAAGUCAAUGGUGAAGUGUUGCUUUACACCCUAUGCUACUGUCACAUAGGGGGAAGCUAUGUCACGUGACCGGUUGCCCUCGCUGCCCAUGUCAGAGAACAAGACAAGGGUUGAACGACUGUCACGUGAAGGACGGUCCUCCCUGCUACUGAAGAAAGACGCCCCCGAGGAAAAGGCGGACGAAGAAGACGAUGACAAGGAGAAGAAAACAGGGCUCUUUACCAAGUACGGCAGGAAGGUUGCCAUAGCAACGAGGUUGAUGCGCAAGAAACCGAAGGAGGAAGAACAGGAAGAUCAGGCUGACUUUGUCCGGAGAAAAUUCCUUUUCGACACCAAGCUAACUGUGAUCGGUUCCAAAAUGAUCCAUGCCCUUGCCGACCAAGAAGAACUAGUGAACAUCCAUGACAUCAUCGACAUGGAUGACGAGGGGAUAGAGGACUUUGUGGCUCGGCGUGUGGGCGCCAUGUUGGACUCCAUGAUCUUCCGACUCAUCGUCUUUGGUCUGAUCAUCGUCAACUCCGUCCUCAUCGCCAUGCAGACAGACGAGCAGUUGUCCAUCGACUACGCGGCGCUGUUCUCUAUCUUUGAUCAGUUCGUACUGACAAUCUUCAUGUGGGAGAUUCUCUUGAAGUGGUACUACGGCUUCGUCGUCUUCUGGAAGGAGAGUUGGAACAUCCUGGACUUUGUCAUCAUUCUUGCCCUGCUGCUGGGGCCAACUCUGAAGUUCCUCGGCAGUAGCAGGAUUCUGAGAAUCCUCCGAGUCCUCCGAGCGUUCAGAAGUCUGCGAAGUGUUAGCGCAAUGGCUGGGCUGUCUAUGAUCGUGCAGACUGUCAUGCAGUCCAUACCAGACAUGGCGAAUAUCGUGCUGCUGCUGCUGAUCCUGCUCACCGUGCUCGGUGUGUCCGGAGUCACGCUCUUCGGCAAGCAGGUGCAGGACUUCGCUGACCUCCCCACAGCCAUGUUUUCGCUGUUUAUCUGCGUGACUCAGGACGGUUGGAUGAAGAUUUUCACCAGCUUUCAGGACCUAGGCGGGAACUACUACAUGGGCGGAGCUAUCUACUUCAUGAUCUCCAUCACAAUCGGUGCUUUCGUUUUCGCUAACCUGGUUGUCGCCGUGGUGGUCACCAACCUGGACAAAGCAAUGAAAGAAGUGAAUGAAGAGCGGAAAAAGCUGGAGGAUACUUUGUCGACUAAGCCAAAAGAUCACCCAGGAGAGUCAGACGAGUCAGCGCACAGACACAGCGGAGCGGACAAGGUUCCCCUGUUCUACAUGGCGGACUUGUUCAAGCACACGCACGUCGGGAACCAAGUGCCUCUACAGCAUGUGGACCUGCGGAAGUUGUCCCUGGACCGUGUGGAGAACUACCUGCUGAUUCUGAUCACAAUGGAGAAGAACCUGGCCGAGUACAAGGAACUGCGUCAGCAGCUGGAACAGAUCUUCACAACAGUUCAUGACCUUAACCAGAAGAGAACAGUGGCAGAGCAGUCCUCCUCUUCCUCGCGCAUGCUGGCCAAGCUCAGGCUCAUAGCAGAGGACACAGUAGAUCCCAACCUGGGGACCAAAGGAGACAUCCUGUCAAACCUGAUGGGCAUGAAGGAACCACAGCCAACUUCAGCCGAGCCCCAGCGGUUAGCCGGCAGGUCACGCAGACAAUCUUCUAUCGCACCUGGCGAGUACAAAGAUCUCAUUGGCGAGGCUGCCAAGCAGAUUGCACGCCGGAACAUGUCCAUAUCAGACCCUUCCUAGUGUGGCUACUUCCUGUGAGGAAGGAAGCUGCUAGCCUGAGUGUUGUCCUAGUUGAGGUCCUGGGGCUCCCAUACUCCCCUCUCAUCACCUAGGUGGGGGGAGUAUGGAAGCCACUGUAAUGGAACUGCAAUCAAACUUCUUGAAUCUGCAUUAAAGAUGAAGCUACAAAAAUUUCUCCACCAUUUUUUGCAAA